AUGGUACCAAAACGGAAUGCUGAUCGGCGCAGCUUCGGCUGCAUGGCUUUGACUCUGAUCUCUCAUCGCACCAAUUCAGGCUUCCUUCUACCAUCUAUCCAUUCGUUUCCUCCGUUCUUCACUCAGCAAAAGAAUGUGACGACACAAGCAACUAGUGUAGACCAAUGGUGUCGCCUUCUUCUAUCCUAUGCGCGGCAUAGGAAUUUAUUCUUCCUGAAAGUUGAUGACGCGGAGGUUGUCGGCGGAGAUUGGGAUGAGAUUUUGCGGAACGAGCGUAUAAAUCGUCGUGUGCUUCCCGAUUUCUUGGCAUUCCUACUAGAAACACUUGUUGUGAAGAAUAUGGCCUCUUACGAACCUCCGAAGCAGAAUCGUUCCGUAAUACUUUACUGGAGGACUCCAGAAGAGUGGGGUGAAGUCUUGCACGAAUGGGCAACAUCUACCGGCCAGCUUAACACGAUCCUUACGUUUUACGAAAUCACGGAUCCUCCGGUGCCUUCACCUCUGUCGGGCAUUCCGGACGUCAUGAUACGUCGUGCGAUUGCAUCUUUGGGGCGAACGGCACGUGCUCAGCUUAUUGGCGUUGCGGAUGGUGAGGGUGUGCGUUUCUUUCAGGGUAUCUCGCGGUAAAUGGUGAAUAGUUAGAAGUAGAUAAUGGAUUUGUACUGAUAGUAAUGUUAUAGUGCUUGACAUAGACAUUCUCUGCACAGGCC